AUGUCGCCCACCCCCAUCCAGCCAGGGCUCGUCCACCUCGUCCUCCAGUACAUUGCACCGCCUUCGCAGCUCACCCAGCCUAUACCGCCGCAUCUUCUCUCCAAGUCUCUCCUUCAGAGACACCACUUCCUCCAGAUUACCCCAGACGACCCGAAGGAGUACCUCUGCUGGCCCAACUCACAAGGCCGUGCUGUAGAGUUGCUCGAGGACCUGCCGCAGCAGUUGGACGACGACCCUGCCUCGUAUCCUGUACAUUAUACCUCAGAUGCGGAACAGGCCUACGCACACGUUUGCCUGCCUUCUGCUGAUAUCAAUGGGGUCCGGAUGGUGUUUGAGUGGGACGAGGCUGACGGGUGGAGGUACCACGAUCUGGCUAUGAUGCCGUUCCCGCCUGCUAGUAGGGCGACGCUGCAGCAACCCGAGGCAAAGGAAAUUAAGCCUGUCAUCCCUCUAGUGCCCGCAGAGCUGUAUACUGCUAAUUCAUACGCGGAUGACGGGGACGACGACGACGAUUACUGGAAUGCGUACGGCUCGCAGGACGAUGCGGCGGCACUCAACGAUGAUCCUUUCAUGGCAAGCAAAGAUGUGGACGCGGGGACGGAAGAUGCCUAUUGGGCACGCUAUUCUUCAGUGCAUGGUACCGCCGACUCUACCCGCCCAUCCCCUCCUCCCCAGCCGAAGCGCAAACUUUACCCCAUGGGACCGGACGUCCUAGAUGCCGGGACCGAGUCGCCCAAUCCAUUGCCCGUUCCUGCUCGUUCUGACCUGCAUUACUCGCACGGGGACACACUGCCUAUCCUCGGUUCCCUCGCGCCACACGGGAACUCCAGGUGGGAUCCCGCUUCGCCCCGUACCUUGGCCAAACUUCUCGCGGAGGUGUCGCCCCGAGCAAGCCCUCUCCCGAGCCCAUUGUCUGCGUCGGAGACAGCCGAAGUAGACUCAGAGGUCUCUUCACCUACCGUCGGAGGGAGCAGCGGGAGCGGUGAGGGCAGCCCUGGGUCCCUGCCCAGUCUCGACGAUAGCUCGCUGGCUACCCCAGUCCGUGGCCCCGGUCAGGCUAUGGACGAGGAUAGCGUGCCGAGCGCGACCGAUCUUGAAACUUGGGAACAGCUUCUUAAUGACCAGACUGCGCUAUUCCGCAGGACUGCGACGCGCAAUGUGGAGUUGGGCACACGAGUAGAGGAGCUCGAGCGCGAGUUGUCAGUGUGGAAGGGUGCAUUCAAAAGUGCUGAUGAGGAAAAGAAAACGCUGCUCAAGACAGUCACGAGGCUCGAGAGGAACAUCGGUUCACUGAAGGAAGACAAUCCCCUUGUUCUAUGUCUCAUCGACGGGGAUGGCAACAUAUUCGCACAAGACUUGUUACGGCUCGGCCUAGCAGGUGGACGCCAGGCCGCCGCGCUUCUCACGAAAGGCCUUAUGGACCACCUUGAAAACAUCGACUCUCCGGACGCGGGACGUGGACAGCUCUGGCUAACUAUAUACUGCAACAAAGCGGGCCUGCUCGACACAUUGGCGCAGAACAACGUUUGCGACGCCGACAAUUUUGAGGCCUUCGUCAUGGGUUUCAACCAAGCGUCGCCUCUGUUCUCCAUGGUAGACGUCGGCAGUGGGAAGGAGGCUGCUGAUGCUAAAAUCAAAGGCCAUCGCUUCCCUCAGACCUCAAAAGUAUUCUUCGGGGGCGCACAUGACAAUGGGUACACAUCUACCCUCAACUACCUGGCAAACGAGGGCUUGCUCGAGAAGGUCAUACUUUUGCGAGGCUACAAAGAGCUCGCGUACGAAAUCAAAGGCCUACAGCUGCCGCACAUCGAGAUAGACGGAUUGUUCAUGAAGAAAAAGCUUUACACGCAUCCAGCUAAGAAGACAAACAACGCUCAAAGUAUACCAGGAACAUCGCCUCAACCAUCGCAUGACGUGGAGAAAACGCGCAGCAAGUCGUCCACGCCUGCAAAGCAUGUCCAUGCCCAAGCCACCCCGCCUAAGAGAGUGAGACAGCAUGAGCUUCCCGUUGACCAGCCUUUGCACAAAUUGAGGCCGCCGCCCUGCAACUUCCAUUACUUGGCGGAGUGCAAGCAGGGACAAAACUGCCGCUUCUCCCAUGGUUAUGCGCUGACUCCGACACAACUUCUCGAGCUGCGUGACAAUGCUCGUAAAUGGCCAUGCCCAUAUUCCAACAGAGGCCAACGUUGUCCCUAUGGCGAAGAAUGCGUGAUGGGCCACUACUGCCCGAAAGGUCCUCGCUGCGUCUUCGCUAGACAGGGGAAAUGCAAAUUUUUGGCGAGUACUGUGCCUACCAAGCAGCGUCGCCCGCCGAAGAGGAAGGCUGUCACCCCUCGUGCUCCGAAGAGGAAGGCUCCCACCCCCGAGAACGAUGGAGAAGACGAGAGUGCGAAUCCGACUAAAACACGUCGCGUUCUCGAACCAACAAAGGAGGUCGCUGUCACUGAAGCUAGUCCAGAGACAACAGGCCUACGUAGGAGUGGGCGUAACCGCGGCAAGAUACCAGACUACAGCGCGGAUCAGUUCGAGAUGCGAGGGCUUACUCUCGCUAGCGUGCAGGCAGGGCUGCGCGAGACUGGAAUCGAACCUAGGUCGGUUGACAGGCGUAUACAUGACCCGAAGGUCUUCGGAGCGAUACCUGGUAUUAAGAUUGGAACAUGGUGGCAGACGAGAGAGGAAUGUAGCACAGAUGCAGUUCACGCACCUUGGGUUGGGGGCAUCUCAGGUGGCGCGGAUGGUGCAUAUUCCAUUGCAUUGUCUGGGGGAUAUGAAGACGAUGUAGAUCUAGGAGAAGUAUUCACGUACACUGGCGCAGGUGGUCGUGACCUUAAAGGAACGAAAGACAAACCAAAGAACAGAGUUCCGGGUCAAGCGCCGCUCAGACUCGACGGAGACUACACAUCCUCGGACGAGGGUGAUGCAGACGAAUCAGACGAGAAAGCCGAGUCAUAA